CCCUCCCCUCCCGCCGAGGACCUGGGGAGAUCAGGAUUUCCGAUGCAUGCCAGGUUUCGGCUGACUGCCGGAAUUGGAGACCACCCCACAUGGAUUCCCCAAGUCAGCGUGGCAGCCACACUUCCCUGGUGGUGGCCCAGCCCCCGGCUCUGGAAGGCCGGCAGAGAUUAGACUGUGACAGGGACACUCAGCCUGCUACCAUUCUGUCCCUAGACCAGAUCAAAGCCAUCCGAGGCAGCAAUGAAUACACAGAGGGGCCUUCGGUAGCGAGAAGACCGCCCCCUCGAACUGCACCAAGACCCGAAAAGCAGGAAAGGACUCAUGAAAUCAUACCAGCCAAUGUGAAUAGCAGCUACGAGCACCGACCUGCCGGCCACUUGGGCAACGCCAGGGGCUCGGUGCUGAGCAGGUCCACCAGCACCGGAAGCGCAGCCAGCUCAGGGAGCAGCAGCAGUGCGUCCUCCGAGCAGGGCCUAUUAGGAAGGUCUCCGCCCACCAGGCCCAUCCCGGGUCAUAGGUCAGAUAGGGUCAUCCGGACUCAACCCAAGCAGCUGCUGGCGGAUGACUUGAAGGGCUCCUUGAAAGAGGACCCCACCCAGCACAAGUUCAUCUGCGAACAGUGUGGCAAGUGCAAGUGCGGGGAGUGCACGGCCCCCCGGGCCCUGCCCUCCUGCCUGGCCUGCGACCGGCAGUGCCUCUGCUCCGCGGAGAGCAUGGUGGAGUACGGGACCUGCAUGUGCCUGGUGAAGGGCAUUUUCUACCACUGCUCCAACGACGACGACGGGGGCUCUUACUCGGAUAACCCGUGCUCCUGUUCACAGUCCCACUGCUGCUCCAGAUACCUGUGCAUGGGAGCGCUGUCCCUGUGCCUGCCCUGUCUGCUCUGCUAUCCCCCUGCCAAGGGCUGCCUGAAGCUGUGCAGGGGCUGUUACGACUGGACCCACCGCCCCGGCUGCAGGUGUAGAAACUCCAACACUGUCUACUGUAAGCUGGAGAGCUGCCCCUCCAGGGCUCAGGGCAAGCUGUCAUGACUUCUGGAGGUGGGUGGACCUCCUGAAUGUCGCCCAGCUUGGGAACUGUGGCUGUUGAGAGAUGCGGUAUGAGAGGCAGAUUUUUCUUCUCUGUCUUGGAUGACCCCCAGUAGGAGUGGACCGAGAAACUGCGCCCAGCUCGUUCUCACCCCACCUCGAGGGUUCUGGGAGCCUCUGUGUGCUGCGUCAGCCUUCCAGCUGCGUCCGAGAAGAUGUACGCAUGCCCAGACUUGGCUGAGAGCUGUUUGGGGUCGGGUACUGUGGGAUCAUGGACUUGAUUUGGUUUUUUAAAAAAGUAACCAUGUAAGUGCUUAAAUAAGCUAUAUAUUAAUCUGCCUCCGAUGAGAGCUAUUUUAGCGUCCUCCUCCCAGGCGAAUGAGAGGAUCUGCUCGGUAGGGCGCACUUACCCCCGCACCCACUCGCUGCCCUCCCCUUCCGGCCCUCGGCAUUCUCCUCAGUGCGCUGUGGAGAUGGCAGGGGGUCCUCCCCGCCCCACUCCUUUGGCAUAGUUCUGGAUUCACUGUGCAGUGUUGGUGUUCAUCAGAGAUGUUCUUGGCUAAACCUCCUUGUUCCUCCUCCAGCACCUGGUAUCUGUGAAGGGCCUCCCUUCACAUCCCCACUUCACUGAAGGCACUUGGUAGCUGUAGUUGAAGUUCCUGUUCCACCCUCCCCUGGGUGUCUCCCCGCUCCCAAAGGUGGUGCCCUUGGCUCCUGACUGGCCCUUUGACUCCUAACAGCUGAGUAGCUCCAGUCCUAGCUGUGUUGUCAUUGCCUUAACCACAGAUUGUGGUGCUUUUUUUGUAUAUUUUAUGUAUAAAUCACAAAGUUGAAUCCUGGCUAUUUUUAAGACAAAAGUUUGUUAAACUUUUUUAUUGUAAAGAAUAUUUAUUAUGCGAAUCUCUAUUAUUUUAUGAUAUUUAUUGCAAAAGACUGUUGAAAUGUACUCAUGUCUGAAUAUAACAUAUCACUACUUCAUGAGAAACAAGGUGGCGCAAAGAAAGUCCAUAAAGUACAUAUAUGUUAACUACAAUGCAGAAAAUAUAUUAAUUCAUGAAACCGG